CGCGAGCCGCGAGCCCGGCUCUCUGCCGCCGGCUGCCCGGCCCGCGCGGCUCUCUGCCCCCAGCCCCGUGACGCGGCGCGCCGGCCGAGACAAAAGACCGCGGCCGGGGCCGCCCGGGGCCAUGCGAGCCCGAGCCGGCCGCCCCCUGCCCCGGUGCAGCCCGCGCACCCGCCCCGGCCGCCGCGCGCCCGCCCCGGCCCUGCCCGCAGCCCGGUGGGCGCUGCGAGGCUGAGGGCGGACCCCCGGGCUGAGUGGCGGGAGCUGCAGCCGCCCCGCCCCCAGGCGCGGACCCCUUACUGCCCCAGGAGCCCGGCCGGGGGCUCGGAACCUUCCCGAGGCGCGGCGUUGGAGGCCGAGCGCAGCGCCGCGGGAGAGCAGAGGAAGCCCCUCGGGGGCCUCGGAGUUUCCCUCAAUCCGUACUGAAGUCACGGCAGCAAACACUGUCCUGGAAGCAGACAACAUCCAAACCACAAGCCGGCCAGCACUCGGGAGGGAGCCACACGGGGGCUGCCGAGGAACUGUGCGGCAGCGCGUGAGCCGGACUGCCGCGGCCACAUUUCAUCGCUGCCAUCAUAUUGGCUUCUGAACAAUCAGGAUAUGACGGCCCGUGGGAAAGCCUGAAUGAGAACCCUUCGUAACAGUUUUGCUGAUCCGAGUGAAGACACGUGUCGGGGAGCUCGAGCCUGAGCCAGGAGCCCCUAGGGAGGCUCCCUCGGGAGGGACGGAGAACCCAUUGCCAGGAGCACCAAACUCUAACCCGGAGAAAAGACACCAUUCCCCGGGGAAACGGGCUGAGCCAACCUCAGUCAGGAAGUCGGCCCAUCCGAGCGCCUUUCUAAGCGGAACGGACUGGAAGGCCGUGACGGCAGGAGCCUGUGACGUCCGAAGUCAUGGAGACCAACCAGGACACCUCCCUCUUCCUGAUGAAGAUUUUGGAGGAGCUGGACAGCAAGCAAAACACCGUUUCCUACCAGGAUCUGUGCAAGUCCCUGUGCGCCCGCUUUGACCUCUCCCAGCUCGCCAAGCUGAGAAGCGUGCUCUUCUAUACGGCUUGCCUCGACCCCAACUUCCCGGCCACGCUGUUCAAAGACAAGAUGAAAUGUACCGUGAACAACCAGCAGUCCAAGAAGAUCAUGGUGGCCGCGGACAUCGUGACCAUAUUCAACCUGAUCCAAAUGAACGGGGGCGCCGCCAAGGAGAAGCUGCCCACCGGCCGGCAGAAGGUGCGCAAGAAGGAGGCGUCCUUCGAGUCGUGCCGCUCUGACACGGAGGUCUGCACUGCCGCCGCAUGCGAGCCGGUCAGCUGUGAGCUGAGCGAGAGGCCCUUCCACCGGGGCUACCCUGCCCGGCAGUCCUCCCAGGGCCGGAAGGCUGACCGCAAGGACUGCCCGCAGUUCGUGCCCACCUCUGAGCCCAACUUCCUGCUGGGCGUGAGCAGAGAGCUGAAGGGCCGGGCGGCCUCUCUAGACCGGCUGCAGACCCUCGCCCCCCCCUACUCCGUGGCCAGCCCCCAGCCCUGCGAGAUGCAGAGAACCUACUUCCCCAUGAACAUCGAGAAUGAGUCCAUUUCGGACCAGGACUCCCUGCCCAUCAGCCAGGGCAUCAAGGAAACCUUCAUUUCCAGCGAAGAGCCGUUCAUGGUGCCGUCUUGUGUCCAGAAAAGGAACAUCUUUAAAGAGGAUUUCCAUAAUCUGAUGACCGUGUCCCCCACGUUGGUUGGCCCCGCUAACAAGGCAGAGGCCGAGCACGGGGAGCCCCAGGGCCGGAAGGAGCCCCACAAGACUGCCUUCUUCAACCACAGCUUCGAGGUGCCCUACAGCAGCCAGUACCUGAAUCCCAUGUACUCCCCUGUGCCCGACAAAAGGCGCGCAAAGCACGAGAGCUUGGACGACCUUCAAGCCUCCACGUACUUCGGACCCACGCCGGUGAUGGGGACGCAGGACGCCAGGCGCUGUGCCGGGAGGCCGGGCAAGCAGAUUCCCUGGCCGGCCAAAAGCUGGAGCCUGAACACAGAGGAAGUCCCUGACUUUGAACGGUCCUUUUUUAACAGAAACCCCUCUGAGGAGAAGCUGCGCUACCCUAAUCCCAGCAGCCAGAGCCCCGGUUUCCCUACCCCAGACAGGCGCCCCACUUACCUGGUGCCGAAGGACCAACAGCCCAUCCUGCCCGUUGCCUACAUGGCGAAACCAAACGCGCUCAGGUCUAAAGAGCUCUCGUCCCCGGUUGAGCUGGAGAAGCACGAGCCGGUCAAGAAAUUCAAAGACAAGAGCACCGGCUGCACCAGCGGGCAGCUCAGCUCUGACACCAGCAGCGUGGGCACCCAGACGGAGCAGCACGUGCUGGAGGCCAAGAAACGCAAAGACCUGUGCGCCUCGGGGCAGACCACAUACGGCGACAGGCACGCCACCAAGCAGUCCGACGACGACUCGGAAAUCGUCAGCGAUGACAUCAGCGACAUCUUUCGGUUUCUGGAUGACAUGAGCGUCAGCGGCUCCACGGGCGUGAUGCCGUCUUCCUGCUACAACAGCACGGGGUCCCUGUCUCAGCUUCACAAGUCCGACGGCGACAGUUCCCCUGAGCACAACCUAACCAAAACUGCCAACGGGCUUCCCGGCAGCAAAGGAGAAAAGGGCAACCGGCCUGACAACAGCCACCCCUCGGACGAGGAGCUGAAAACCAGCGUGUGCAGACUGGUGCUCCGCAUCGGUGAGAUUGAGCGGAAGCUCGAGUCACUGUCGGGGGUCCGCGAGGAAAUCUCUCAGGUCCUGGGCAAGCUAAACAAGCUGGAUCAGAAAAUGCAACAGCCCGAGAAGGUGAGCGUGCAGAUCGACCUGAAUUCCUUGACAAGCGAGGCUCCGUCGGACGACAGUGCCUCUCCGCGCAUGUUCCGCGCGACCGGCGGCCCCCGGGGACCCAAGCUGGAGAACGCGGCUGACUGGUACUGCUCGGAUGCCAGCGGCAGCAACAGCGAGAGCCUUCGGGUCAAGGCCUUAAAGAAGAACCUCUUCACCCGGCCGUCCUCCAGGUCCCUGACGGAGGAGAACAGCGCUACGGAAUCCAAAAUCGCCAGCACCUCCAACUCACCCAGAGACUGGCGCACCAUCACCCACACCAGUCGCGGGGGCCUCGGGGAGGAGGGCGGCAAGGACAGAGGCCCCGGAGGCCCCGGGGAGAGUAAGGACUGGCACCGCAAGGCCAAAGAGGCGGACAGGCAGUACGACAUCCCCCCCCAGCACCGACUGCCCAAGCAGCCCAAAGACAGCUUCCUGGUGGCGCAGGUGUUCAGCCCGCGUCCCCACCCCGCCUCCCUCAAAGCCCACCUGAAGAGCAACCCCCUGUACACGGACAUGCGGCUGACCCAGCUGGCCGAGGUGAAGCGGGGCCAGCCCUCCUGGACCAUUGAGGAGUACACGAGGAACGCGGGCGACAAGGGCAAGCUGACCGCCCUGGACCUGCAGACGCAAGAAUCUUUAAACCCAAACAACCUGGAGUACUGGAUGGAAGACAUUUACACGCCCGGCUACGACUCCCUGCUCAAGCGCAAGGAGGCCGAGUUCAGACGGGCCAAGGUCUGCAAGAUCGCCGCCCUGGUCGCGGCCGCCGCCUGCACCGUCAUCCUCGUCAUCGUCGUGCCCAUCUGCACCAUGAAGUCCUGAGCGCGGGGCCGCUGGCGGCGCACAGCCCGCGACGGCCGGCGGCACCCCCGGCGGCGGGAGGGCUCGGGGCCCGGUGCGGCCACGGCUUGCCGGUCUCUGCCAGGGCGAGCAGGGUCUGGGACGGGUGCGUUCUCUAGAGACACCUGCCUCCCGUUGGCUUUGACUCGGUGACGCGCGGAUGCUUUUGGGAGCCGUGCGAUGUCUUCUCCUACCGAAAGAACGCUCUGCGCCACCGGUGGACACAAACUGAAUUCCAAGCAAAAAAUAAAACAAAAAACAGAUGA